CCACCAUGGAGUCGUUGAUCGAAAACGUGCUGACUCAGCUCAUAGGGCGACAAGCGACACACGGAAAAGUGCAAGAAAGAAGAACGCCAAAAGGCAAGCAAGCAAGCAAGGAAGGAAGGACACACACCCUUCUUCUUCUGCUUCCGCUGCUUCCGCUUUGCGCACACCCACCCCACGCCACAGCGCCACCUUGCUUUGCUCGUCAACAACAUGGCCACGCAGACGUCGAGUGGAGGAGGUGAUGGCAGUGGAGCACAGCAGCCAUCACCGCCGGCGCCCUCGGCGAUCUUUAUCCAGCGUGAUUUCUCAAAGGGCACCACACCCCGCUUCGCUACAACGCUUCCACAACAGCUUGCCUCAAAGAUCUCCGCGGAACAAUUUGCACAUGCCAUCACACAGAUCAACGACGUCUUUGAGGAAGCAGAAGCGCCUUCCCUCAGCCUCUACAUGACGAACGUGCUGUCGUGUUUGACGGGGCAUCUCCUUCAAUUCUGCGUCGAGAAUCCCUACGAGAAGAGGUUUCGGGAAGUGUCGGCAUUAACGGAGCAGCUCAACCAGCAGGUGUUUGGACCGAAAGGCUUGCGCAUGGUGGACCCGUUAAGAAGAGGACUGAGAGCGAUUGAAAUUCAAGUGCUCAACGUUGCAGUGUAGGUGGGGUGGGGCGUACGUUCGUUACUGGAUCACAUUGUCGAUAGAAGAAGGUGUGUAUUUGCUUUGGGAUAGGGGAGGGUGGUGGUGGUUGUGCCAGCAUCAUGGGGGGAAACACAACAGGCAGCGAGAAGACGAAAGGAAAAGAGACGAGCAGUCAACGACGAUCUGGCUUGGAAGAGGAGUGAACGUUUGUGCAUAUGCAUCAAGGGAUGGGGGGGAGGCGUAGAGGUGCUGCUAGAGGGUGAAGCGCAGGGAGUGGUGCAUGCGUACGGCUGCUUGUUUCUUGAGUGGAAGGUCAGCACGCGGUGGGUGCAUGUGAUUGCGUGGGUGCAUGUGCAGGGUGUGUAUUGGUGCUGCCUAUCGAUCAAGUACACAAUCACAAACGCCA